AUGCUAACUUGUGUGACUGGCGGAGCGGCCUGUCUCCCGUGCUCCGUGUUGGCUGUUGACCCCGGAGCCUCCAAGGACUUGAUCUUCAAAGGUGUCCAUGUCCAGAGCUAUUCCUUCACAAAGUCACAGACCAAAACCUCCCAUUCAUUACAGGUGAAGUCUGCCGGGGCCAGGGCGGGCCUGACCAAGCGGCGCCGCUCCGAACGCAAAGUCACCCGCAUGGUGGUCAUCAUCGUGGUGGUCUUUGUCAUCUGCUGGCUGCCCUUCUUCACCACCAACAUAGUCAACCUCGUCUUCAUCAUACCAGAGAACAGUGUCACCGCCGGCGUCUACUUCUUCCUGGUCAUCAUGACCUACGUCAACUCCUGUGCCAACCCGCUCCUCUACGGCUUCCUGUCUGACAACUUCAAGCAGAGCUUCAGGAAGGUCCUGUGUCUCCACAAGGCGAACGGGGUUGGGGUGGGGGACGGAGGAGACAUGGGGAGUGGAGGAGGACGUCCCAUAUCUCCUAGGCUGGAGAGGGUGGAGACGACGCAGCAGCAUGACCCGCUCUUCACCCCCCGGAUCAUGGACUUCAACAAUGGACACAUGCAGAACAACCAAUGUGUUCAAAUUGAGAUUUGUGCCAACAUGACGACGGAGCUUCUGCCCUUAGAGAGCCCAGUGAUUGAUCAGUCUACGCUAUGAUGAGGCCUGAUAGGUCAGUCUACGCUAUGAUGAGGCCUGAUUGGUCAGUCUACGCUUUGAUAAUCCCUGAUUGGUCUGUCUACGCUUUGAUGAGCCCUGAUUGGUGAGUCUACACUUUGAUAAGCCCUGACUGGUUAGUCUAUGCUUUGAUGAGCCAAGCCACCUCCCUCUCCAUCAUGACAAACAAUCCAUCAUUGGGAGUCCUCCCACUGUCAAUCCAUGUAGCUCUUGACCAAUGACCUGUUUCGGACGAUACAGGAAGAAGAGGUACAUGGGACUUCAAAGAACACUUCCUGUUCUGACACUACACUGAACGAUUUCUGCGAUGACACCUCUCCUAUUUGUCAGUAUAAACCACAGACAUUUACAGCGCAUUGCAGCACUGGAAGGGGCUGGGGGGAGGAUGGCUCAUAAUAAGGGCUGGAACGGAGCGAAUGGAAUGACAUCAAACACAUGGAAACCAUGUUCAAUGUAUUUUAUACCAUUCCACUGAUUCCGCUCCAGCCAUUACCACAAGCCUGUCCUCCUCAAUGAAGGUGCCACCAACCGCCUGUGCAUUGCACCAGCUUGGUGUCAUGGAACCAGCAAGAGCACAUUCUUCCAUGUACUUUAUAGAUUCCUUACAUAUACUAUAAGGAAAGACUAUUUUUUAGACUGUGAAUGGGUAGAAACUUAGCAUUAGAUUAAAAUGCCCUAGAAAAUGAACCUGAGUAUUCCCUUCACUUUAUAUGAACUGGAUCAUUUGAUUUCAUCAGAAAUGUUGUGAAUUGAAAUGGAUUGUCAUCUUUGUGAGCUUGGAACUUUCUGUAUGUAGGUAUGUACUGGGCCUUCAUCACUAUGUAGGUAAGGCCAUGACGGGAACGUACUACACACACUGUCUAUGACCCUUGUCCAUUUGUCACUAUGAUCACCUGUAACAAGUCCCAAAGGCUCAUAAUUCCCACCUGUGGACUCAUGGAUGGUUUCUGCUCUGGACAAAGUUAGUUCAAGCUGGGAUGACCAAUGAAAUGGUACUAGAGGAAACCUGCAUUGUGGAAAAGAACACUGUCCCCGAACAGAGAGAAUGAUGAUAAUGAUGAUGUCAAUCAAAUAGAUGGAUCUGGCGUACAGUACUCACUGUAUCUAUGGCAUAAUGUUAUAACUGAGGAUCCUAUUCAUAUUAUUGAUGAAUUGUGGUUAUUUGUUGGGUAUUAUUGUUAUAAACUUGGGUAGUUGUUCCAAGUGUUUUGGUUAUUUUAAUGUGUUUAUUUGUGAUUAAUGGAUCCCCUUGACCUUUUAUUGGAGUUUGAAGCACUGGUGCAACUUCAUUGUGCUUGACCUUACCUGAGGUCAUGUUCUUUAGGCACCAUAUGGAAUAUAAAACGGGCUGAAACAGGGAGGGACUACCUCCUAGACUAAUGUCCAGUAAGAUACACAGAUGUUAAUUUCACCUUUUGAAUUGUUUCCCCUUGCAUGCCCUACUGAACAAUCUGCGUACAACAGCAUAGUCGUCGCUGGCUAAUGGAAAGCACUCAUCUCCAAAACACAUUUCUUCAGGAAAUGGAAGAAAUGACCAUAUUGUCCCAUUAUUGAACAUACAAUUCUGGAACUUCAGGAGCUAUUUUGAAUACAUUUUCUUUGUCCUAGAGUCAUUACAUGUUCAGAGUACAUUGAAGGGAGUUACUGCUUUCAAUUUAAAAAAAAUAAUGUAAAUGGCAAAAAUUGUGUUUUCAUCAGACAGCGACUCAAUGAUUAAUCUGCUGUACACACAUGCAGUAUUUUAUGGAUUAGCUUUAACUGUAUUUCAAUGAGCACACAAUCCACGCGGACUGUUUUACAGUCAUGUAUGACAGGUUCAAGAUUUAUACAGUAAGUUAUUAUCUGUGUACUCUACUCUGGGAUUACACCGUGGUCAAGUAAAUGUAAAAAAAAGUUGCUGUUACUUAUGAUAAUUAUUUAAAAUAAUACCAUAGCAUUAUUGCUAAUGUGUACCAUCUGGACAUGUGUUCAAAAUGUUUCAUUUCAGUGUUAUUGUUUUAAUAAAAUGACAAAAAUACAAUUGGUUCGAUCAAUA